AGGCCAGCAGGUGGCCAUCAAGAAGAUCCCCAACGCCUUCGACGUGGUGACCAACGCCAAGCGGACCCUGCGGGAGCUGAAGAUCCUCAAGCACUUCAAGCACGACAACAUCAUCGGCAUCAAGGACAUCCUCAAGCCCACUGUCCCUUACGGCGAGUUCCGCUCCGUCUACGUGGUGCUGGACCUGAUGGAGAGCGACCUCCACCAGAUCAUCCACUCGGCGCAGCCGUUGACACUGGAACACGUCCGCUACUUCCUCUACCAGCUCCUGCGGGGCCUCAAGUACAUCCACUCGGCCAACGUCCUCCACCGCGACCUGAAGCCGAGCAAUCUCUUGGUGAACGAGAACUGCGAGCUGAAGAUCGGCGACUUCGGCAUGGCCCGGGGGCUGGGGGCUGACCCGCGGCACGCCAAGGCCUUCCUCACCGAGUACGUGGCCACCCGCUGGUACCGGGCGCCGGAGCUGCUGCUCUCGCUCCACCGCUACACCCGCGCCAUCGACAUGUGGUCGGUUGGGUGCAUCUUCGCCGAGAUGUUGGGUCGCCGGCAGCUCUUCCCCGGCAGGAACUACGUCCACCAGCUCGCUGCAGCUAAUCAGGCCGGUGCUGGGAACGCCGCCAGCCACCGUCAUGCCAUCGGCGCCGAACGGGUGCGGGCGUACGUGCAGAGCCUGCCGCCACGGCCGGCGGUGCCUUGGGAGAGCCUCUUCGGCGAUGCCGAGCCGGCGGCGCUGGCGCUGUUGGGUCGGAUGCUGCGCUUCGACCCGCGGGAGCGAGUGGGGGUGGCCGAGGCGCUGCGGCACCCGUUUUUGGCCAAGUACCACGACCCCGAGGACGAGCCCGAGUGCGUUCCCGCCUUCGACUUCGCCUUCGACCGUCGGGCACUCACCAAGGAGGAGAUCAAGGCGGCCAUCGUGGCUGAGAUUGCCGACUUCCACGCCCGCCGCGACGGUAUCCGGCGGCAAAUUGCCUUCGCCCCGGCCGGCAGCGCCGAAAGCGCAGCCAGCGGGGCCGGUGUUGGUGUCAACGUGGCCAACGGUGCCAUGGCCAACGUUAACGUCCCCAUGGGCGAUAUCAACGCGGCCAACGUCGGCGUCAACGCAACUAACGUCAACGUGGGCAAUGUCAACCUGGCUAACACAAGCGUCAACAUGGCCAACGCCAAUGUCAACGUGGCCAAUGCCAACGCGGCCAGCUCCACUGUCAACAUGGCCAACGUCAACAUGGCCGCUGUCAGCAUAGGCAACUCCAGUGUCAACGUGGCCAAUGCCGGUGUCAACGUGGCCGGUGCUGCCAUGGCCAACGUCAACGUGGCCAACGUCAGUAUGGCCGGUGUCAACAGGGCCAACGCUGCCAUGGCCAACAUCAGCGCCACCAUGGCCAACAGCAACGUCAACAUGGCCAACGCCGCCAUGGCCAACGUCAAUGCCGCCAUGGCCAAUGUCAAUGCAGGCAAUGUCAAUGUGCCCAAUGCCACGGUGGCCAGUGUUGGCCCGGCCUGGCCCUGCGCCGACGUGGACAUGCCGAGCCCUGGCCCCGCCCCUGCCCCUGACUGCCCAAUGGACUCUCCCCGGGUGAAGGCGGAGCCGGGGGCCCCCGUGGCGCCCAAGCGGGACGGCGCCAUCUCCGACGACACCAAGGCCGCCCUCAAGGCUGCUCUGCUCAAGUCGGCCAUGAGGAACAAGAGCAAAGGUGAGGGGUGCCCGGACACCUGGGCCCCCUGA